AUGAUAACUAAAAAUAUUAGUAAACUUUUUAGUCAAAAAACAACACGUGUUAAAUCAGUAGAUUUUCAUCCAGUGAAACCUAUUUUUAUUAUUGGACUACAUGAUGGUAAAAUACAAGCCUGGGAUUAUAAUUCUAAUGCUUGUAUUUAUGAAUUUAUAGACUCAUCUGCUGUAGAAAAAGGAUCAAUAAGAUCUAUUCGUUUUCAUCCACAUGGAGAUUUCUUUGUAAGUUGUGGAGAUGAUAAACUUAUAAGAAUGUGGGAUUAUACCAAUAGAAAAUUACUUAAAAGCUUUAAAGGACAUUCUGAUUUUAUAAGAAGUGUAGAUUUUCAUCCUACAAAGCCGUGGAUUAUAACUUCUUCAGAUGAUCAAACAAUUAAAUUAUGGAAUUUUAUGACAGGUAAAUGUUUGGCAACAGCUACUGGACAUUCACAUUAUGUUAUGGCUGCAAAAUUUUUAGAUGAAACAACAAUUAUUAGUGGAUCACUGGACAAUUCAAUUAGAAUUUGGGAUUGUAAAAAUUUACUAGGUAAAAAUAAUAAAUUUAUACCAGACAUAUUUGUAAAGCAAAUUGUACAAGGACACGAUAGAGGUAUUAAUUUUAUAGAAAUAGUUUAUAAUGAUAAUGAAACACUAAUAAUAUCAGGUGGUGAUGAUAAAGAAGUGAAAAUUUGGGAAUAUAGAACUGAAUUAUUGGAACGAGAAAGUAUUAUGGCACACCAAGGUUGUGUUACAGGUGCCAUUCUUUAUCAAAAUUAUAUUGUGAGUGUUGGCGAAGAUGGCUUUUUUUGUGUUUUUGAUUUAAAAGGUAAAAAAUCGCAGAAAUAUUUUAUAGAAGGCAGAUUUUGGGCCAUUUCAGGCAGAAAUGGAUUUUUUGUGUGUGGACAUGACGAUGGAUUCGAAUUAUUAGAAUAUUCAGAACCUAAAUUAUUAGCUAAAAGUAGUAAAGGAUGUUAUUACUGUAAAAAUUCUUAUUUUUAUUUUUCAGAUCUUAAUUUAGAAAGAAAAGUAUGUAAAGCCGAGGGCAAUAUUAUUUCUAUACAUUCCAUUGAUAAAUAUUUACUAAUUCAAUAUAAAAAUAAAUUUGAAGUUUUUGAACAGAACAAAAAAAUAUUUAAACAUGAAGGAUAUGGUGUUUUAUUAUAUCAUAAUGAAAUUUUAAUGGCGGUAAAAAAAGAUAAUAAUGUGAUUAUAAAAGAUGUAGAUAAUCAGAUUAUUACAACAUUUGAUGUAUUAGAUGGACAUUUGUUAUUUGGAAAUGAAGAUUCUUUUUUCAUAUCAAAAAAUAAUAUGUUAGCUAAAUAUUUAAAAGAUGGAUAUUUGGAGACAAUAAAUCUAGGAUUUUUAUGCGAAAAAAUAUACAUUUCUGAUUCAAAAGAUUUUUACGCUUUUAUAUCAAAAAACAAAGUUUCAAUUUACGACAAACACUCGAAUUUAGUAAAUUUCGAAAACGAAAUAGUUAAUAUUAGAAGCGGAUUUUUUUAUGAAGAUUGUUUUGUAUACACAACUACUAAGCAUUUAAAAUACAUAUUUUCUGAGCAAGGCGUAAUUAUUAGUGUGGAUAGUGCUAUGUAUCCAUUUAUGUACAAAGACAAUUUAAUUUAUUUUUUUUCAGGUGAAUGUAUUGAAAGUAUAGAAGUAGAUUUUACAGAAAUAAUGUUUAAAAAAUUAGUUAUUAAUAAUGAUUUAGAUAAUCUACAUAAUAUCAUCGAAUCUGGUUCUUUACCUGGUCUUUCGCCCCUUUCGUUUUUGAUAAAAAAACAAAAAGGCGAUAUUGCACUGCCUUAUGUAAAAAAUAAAAGACAGAGAUUUGAGUUAUGUCUUAGUACUGGAAAUUUAGAUGAGUGUUUACAAUAUUGUCAGGAAGAAAAUGAUUUAUCUAUGUAUCAAAGAUUAAGCGAUGUUGCACUUGAAAACAUGAAUUUUGAAAUAUCUGAAAAGUGUUUUUUAAAACUAUUUGAGUGGUAUAAAUUAUUUUUAUUGUAUGUGUGUACUAAUAAUUUGGAUAAAAUGGCGUCACUGGUGAAAAUAUGUGAUGAGUAUACAGCAAAAUUUAUAAAAUUAUAUUUAGAAGACAAAAAAUAUUUCAACUAUCCAGACAAGAAAACGUCAAAUAUUUCUUUACAAGAAUCAUUAGAAAAAUUAGAAAUUUCUGAUAAAUUUAUUUCAAAAAGUUUACUAAGCAAAAUUAAAUACAAAAAAGUUGAUGUCUUUUCAACUUAUGAAGAAGGUUUGGAAUUUGUAACUAAAAAAAAAUUUAUUCAAGCUUUAGAAAAGUUUAAAGACUGUCUUUACACAAUAGCUGAAAAUUUUGUUCAAAAUGAUAAUAUUGAAUUGAGAAAAUCUUUAGGUGCGUACAUUGCAGGACUUACAAUAACUUUAUUACGAAAGAGAGAAGAAAAUGAACAAAAACAAAUUUGGUAUGCUUUAUACUUUUCUACACUAAAUUUAAAACCUGAACAUGUACAAUUAGCCAAAAAAGAGCUGGUUAAUGUAUGUUUAAAAAAUGGAAAUUACUUACAAGCUCAAAUUGUAGCGCAAAAAGUCUGCGAAUCUAGUGAUAGUAAAAAUAUAAAAAAAGCUUUACAGUUGGAAGAUCCACAUGACAAAUAUGAAAUUCCUAAUGGCGAUUUUUGUUUUGAUCUAAAAAAUUUUUGUUCUUUCUAUAAAGAAUGUAAGUUUUGUUAUGUAAAAAAUAGUACCGGAGAUGUCUGUAGUUUGUGUGGCAUAGGCUAUCUUUAUGAAUAA